UUUUUUGGUGACAAACACCCCCAACAAUAUGGUUGCAAUAAUUACAUGUAGCCUUACUUCCGCAGUAGGUACAUUUCCAAUAAGCAGGUGCAGAACUUGUGUGGCAAAUAAAUUUCGGUGCAAUCAGGAUACGGCGAGGGACGGAACGGAACGUAAAGCGACUGCUCGCGUGAUUUGUUGUUUUUCCGGGUUUAUUUAUCCUCGGACGUCCACACCGCUCAGUGCAAUAUAGCGUGCGAUGUGCUGCGUAUGGUUGUACUUCUGCUAAUGUGGCAGAACUUUUUGCAACUCGGAUAGUAUUUAUGUUGGCUCCGCACGAAUCGGGAAACGAAAUGCCAACCGAGUAAAAACGAUUAGGAAACGAUACCCAAACUGGAAGCCCGCCAUCCAGAGCACGUUUUCACAAAAGUUCGCGUGGAAAUGAGCGUCCCAAUGUUUACGUUUUUCGCCGGCUGUAUCGCUGGUUUGGGAUGCAUUUGAGAUCCUCCGGGGAAAUUCUGCGCAGGCGCUGGAAAGCGACAAGAUUUGAAAACGUGAACCAUCAUAAACACGCGACUUCAGAAUGUUCCGUUGCAAAUCUUUGGGCACAGUUGAUCGGUGCAGGUGGUCGCGUUUGGUAGCAAAUUCAAAUGGACGGUAUCUAACGGAACGAAAGUGUGAAGGAAGACUUCCCGGUUUGCACAUGUACAACUCUACUGAUGGACUGAUUGCACUGAAGCGCACAGCACGGUUGAACGAACGCCACCACCGCCGCCCGUGAGUGAGUUUAUGUCUGUGAAGUGGUGAACUAAAUCGACUAAACGUGUAUGUUUGUGGCCAGUGUGGACUGCAACGCGAAGGGUACUGCCGACUGGGAUUUCAAAAACCACGGAAUGCUACAAACUCGGAGAAGCCGAAGGACGAACAGUGGGGAAGUAGUGAUGGAAAGGACCACAUUAAGAUCAGUGUUAUUAGCUCUUUUGUUUUGCCUUCAUGUGGUGCCGCUGGUAGGAUCAUCAGAAAAUACAGCAACGUAUACGGAUCCAAAGUUCAGCGCCCCAAUCAUGAAUGGUACGGCUGCUGUUGGACGGGAAGCAACAUUGACGUGUGUGGUUCAUGAUCUAGGUGCAUAUAAGGUUGCGUGGCUGCGGGUUGAUACCCAAACAAUCCUGACCAUCCAGAACCACGUGAUCACCAAAAACAAGCGGAUCGGAAUCACCUACACCGAAAAGAAAACGUGGCAGCUGCGAAUACGAGACAUCCGCGAGAGCGAUAAGGGCUGGUACAUGUGUCAAAUCAACACCGACCCGAUGAAGAGCCAAAUGGGAUAUUUGGAUGUUGUAGUUCCCCCGGAUAUCCUGGACUACCCCACCAGUACUGACAUGGUAGUACGAGAAGGAAGCAAUGUGACCUUACGCUGUGCAGCUACUGGAUCGCCGGAGCCAAUGAUUCUAUGGCGACGAGAGAAUGGCGAAAACAUAUCAUUACAAGACGGCCAGAUCGUGCAAACCGUCGAAGGACCAACAUUGAGCAUACCGAAAGUCAAUCGGUUGCACAUGGGAGCGUACCUGUGUAUAGCAUCGAAUGGGGUGCCACCAUCCGUCAGCAAGCGAGUUAUGCUGAUUGUACACUUUGCUCCAAUGAUAUCGGUUCCGAAUCAGCUCGUCGGCGCGGUGGAAGGGCAGCGGAUGACACUCGAAUGUCACUCCGAGGCGUAUCCCAAGUCCAUCAACUACUGGACCCGGGAGAAAGGGGACAUUGUCCCCCAAGGCGGAAAAUACGAGCCAGUGCUGAUAGACAACGCAUACAGAGUGGUGAUGAAACUGAGCAUCAAGGUUGUGAGCCAGGCCGACUUUGGAUCGUACAGGUGUAUCGCCAAAAAUUCCCUCGGGGAAACCGAUGGUGCCAUUAAACUCUACAAGCUUCCUAAAAGUGCAAUCAGUUCGGUGGAAAUGUACGAAGGACGGAAGAAAAAUAAGUCUCGCAAAGGCCACACAUUCUACGAAACAAACGACGUUAUAGAGGACGGCACGGAAAGCACCAGCAGACGAAAAGAUUUGAUUGUUGGUGGAAUGAAUGAUGAAAGCUAUGAAAUAUCAAACUCGGCCGCGUCCCUAUGGCGGCUGCCCUUCCUGUUUAAAACAAUGUUCUUCGUGCUGUUGAUGCUAUUCUGCACCGCUUUGCCGCCGACAGUAUGACGCUCGUAAUGAAUAGGCUGCGAUUGGGCUAAGAAAUAGGGUCACAUUCCCAUAAGUAGUUGUUUCUUGUAAUCGAGUGUGUUGAAUGAGAGAGAAUGCCUGUACGUUUAGCUAAAUUAUAUACAAUAGACAGAAUGCAGAAAAAACUGUUCUGUACAUAACGUAAAACUGCAAGUAGGCAAAUCUACUUGGGAAACAAAAGCAAAAAUGAAACAUAUCGUUAGGUAAUCAGAAUGUUAUAUCUUUAAUCUAGGAUAAAAUAUUUCCAUAUGAUGCUGAUGUUUUAUUGAGGGGAUUGAGAAGAGAGUUGUAUUAAGACGCAAGUUUAUCAAGCUAUCAAAGACUUAUGGAGGCUAUAAUACUCGUAACCGUUAGGCUUAGAUAUAGUACGGCAGGGAGAUAUUAUCCCGUACAAUGCAAAGAUGAACGGCUUAUCAGUAUACAUGUAACAAAUAUCCAACAAAAACCGAUCAAUAAGAACUGUGACAAAACCA